AUGUGGCACACGUAUCGUGUGGAAUCCUCCAAUGUGCUUGCUACCGUCUACUCCAAUGAAACCAUCUUUAAUCUCGACACUGAAACAAUACCGGAUCCUCCGACAGGUGUAACUGUGACCAACAGAUCCUACUCCUCCCUCAACGUUCACUGGUCCACCCCCCCGGCAUUGGCCCACCAUCAUACCGAGGAGGGGGCCCUAAACCUUAUUGGCUUCUGUCUCCAAUACAAGUGGGAGGGCAGUAAGACUUUCACCAAAAUCAAGGCUGACUCUACGGACUACACAAUAAAUAACCUAACACAUCCAUACGGCCUGUACCAAGUCAAGGUUGGAACCUUCUUAAAACACACUGAAAAAAAAAAAUGCUGGAAGUUUUCAAAAAAGGUCUUUGGUCAUACAACAGAAGUUGCGCCUGUAAAUUCUCCUGGGAGUUUCACUUGUCCAGUCUCUCUUGACCAGGGGGUUGACCAGGAGGAUAUCCAGAACGUGGAUCUCAGCUGGAAGGCAGUGCCCAAUGAGUACAAACAGAAUGGAGAAAUCCUCGGCUAUCAGAUUGUGGUUCAUAACCAGAAUGUGAAGCAUCAUGUUACGGAAGUGGCCGUUGGACCUAACAUCACCAGUCACAGGAUCCAAGGCCUGCUCACUGGUAGACAUUACAACAUCAGCUUACAGACACGUAACUCCAUGGGACUGUCUGACCCCAAGUGGUGUUCUGUACCAAGCAUUUCACCAGGUGCAUCCUUGUGGCCAGUGUUUGUGUCCGUACCUAUCCUGUGUGUCCUGCUUGUUGCGUUGUGUAUGGUUUGGGCCAAGAAGAAAUACAAAAGCUCCAUCAGGAGAUGGCCUGCAGCCAGACUGCCCACGCAAUUCAUAAAUAACAACAUUACCCAUGCUCGGGGUCUCACGCUGGUCCGAGAGAGGGAGGUGUUUGAUGAGCUGCCUAUCAAAGAGCAGGUCCCCAGCGACAGUAGCCAGGAUGGAGGAUUGAUUCUGAUUGGGGCUCACAGAGGCGCUUGUGGUGGGCGAUCACAACCUGUAGCAUUGGAAUUGCAAGGCCUCGGCCAAGUGAAUGCGGGCAGUGAUACAGACAGCUUAAGUACCAUCUCGCCAGGCAAUAAGCAACUCCCUAGCAGCCGCAUCAGGUAUCCCUCGUCAGAAGCCUCCUCGCCCCACAGUCCAUUGAGCGUGGCCAGUGGCGGCAGCUACAUGAUUCUAAAGGAUCCCAUCCACUCUCACAUUCGGGAGGGUCUUUCUCCGGUUGACAGGGAUCGACAGAGGAUGGGAAGCGAUCCGUCACCAGGCCUUGUGGUCAAGGAUGAUGUCACUGGGUCGGCCUCCCGCUUUGUUUGGGAUGAAGGGAUCAUUGAUGGACGAUCCUUACGUCUUGGUAGCUUCACAGAAACUGGUGACCAUCCCUUGGGGUCACCUACUUCUUCUUUAAAUAGCCCUAAAAAAUGCCCUCAUUGCCACUCAAUCAUUCAAGGUAAGAGACACGCACCUAAUGAGUCCCAAACUGAUGCCUCAGUCACAGGUGAAAGUAGGUCUCCAGGACGGGGGUUAGUACCAGUUGCUGAGGAGAAAGAUGAGAAGGAAGAAACACAUGAGCAGAGAGAAAAUCCAGAUGUUUUCUUCGAUUGGGGGGAGCCUUCAGUAAUGUGGGAAAGCCUUCCCAAUAUCCCAAGAAGUGAUGCUGCAAGACCGAAAACAGAACCGCUGAUGGAUUCUAAGAGAGGAGAAUUAAAUCUUGCAGCAGGUUACUGUGGGAUGAAUCAGGGGGGCUCAGAGAAAGUGGCCAAAGUAGAAAGAACAGCUGCAUCAGAUUAUUGUAAGAUGAAGAGCCAGAUUGGCGUGGAUGAAUCUGUCAAGUCUCCAGAGGGAAUUGAUGGAAGUGUUUGGUCACAGUGGCCUAGGGAUGCAUGUCAUACCGAGGGUUUUCUUUCCGACCAAGAGCCCCUGCUCAGUCCAGAUUCGACUGUUUCUUUGCCCAUCGACUAUGAGAGUCUGAAUUAUGUCUCUGUUUGCACAGAUGGAAGUGAUGAAGACAUGGAGGAACAGGAAGCAAGUUCACAGCUUAACACGAGCAAGCUUCUCAAUGAUUCCGAUGAUUUAGCUACACAACGGGACAACAGUUCAGCAGGUUGUCGGGCUGAAGGUAACGGCAAUCCAAACCAACCGUCUCUUGCUCCUCCAAGAAAGAAUGACGAUUCAUUGGUUGCGUCCGAGACAGGAGAAUUAUCCCCUUCAGAAGGUUACUGUAGGAUGGACCAGGUGGGCUCAAAGAGAGCCACGUCCGAGGGAGAAAGCACUCCUGCAUCAGAUUACUGCGAGAUGAACCCGAUUGGGUUGAAUGAAUUCACCGAGACUUUAAAAGGAAACAACAAGGGGAGUGAUUGGUCACAGUGGAAUAGGGAUACAGGUGAUGGCGAGGUGUUUCCUUCUGAGCAGGAUCCCCUACUCAGUCCAGGUUCCAGCAUUUCCUCACCCCUUUGUGAAGAUGGCAGUUUACACGGUUCUAGUCUUCUUAAAGAUUAUGAAAGUCUGAAUUAUAUCUCUGUUUGCACGGAUGGCAGUGAUGAAGAGGAGGAGGAACAACAAACAAGUGAGGCCUCACGGUCCCUUCACAAUUCCGAUGCUUCAGUCAUGCAAAGGGACUCCAGCCAGGGCAUUAAUACAAGUUCAGAGGACUGUCUUGCUGAGAGCGAUAACAGGCCAAGCGAUGUAGCUCUUUCUUCAGAUGAAGGCUUCGAAGAACAACAAAGGCAAGUACCGGUAACAUGAACUGCAGCUUCAUCUCUUUCUGUUUUUGUUUAGUCCUGGGCAAGACGACGUUGUGGUUUGAUAUGCGAUAAGCCACCGCCGCGAGGGAGUUAUCACAAUGAACUGCUAUCACCCACGAACCGCGAGCCAGCAACAAUGUGUAGGGAAUCUUGUUUAUCUUCUAGAUUUACAAGAGCGCAUGUGCUACUUCUGUACGGUCUAUUUUCUUUCCCACAAAAUGCCACAAAAGAGCUGCCCAGUGGUUCUCAGAUUUAUAAUAGCUUACACAUUCCAGUGACACAGCAUCUGGUCGACAGUGCAACUAUCUUGAAAAUCAAGAUCAAGACAUAUUGCAUAGGAAAGCUUUCGCCAGGAAUCUCGGUUGCUCGGGAAAGCAGAGCUGAAAAAUUAUGCUAGACAACAUCCUUACAUGCAUAUUUGAGAAAACAGUAUGAGACGUGUGUAUUAAAUGAAUGCUUUAGAUCACAUUUGCAUAUAAUACUUUGCCAACUAAGUUACAUUGAAAAAAAGUGGAUGUUGUUACGGCUUUUUGCUUGCCAUGUAUAUAGUUACCAUUCUGCCAUUUUUAACAUUCCAUGUUUUAUAAAAUAAUGCUUGCCUCACAGUACAUGUAAUGUAUGUAUUUUAUGAAGAAGUAAAAUUCCUAUUUGCAGUCAAACCACUUGCCAAAAGAAAUCAUGCCAACAGUAUUUGAAAUCAAGACCGUCCAAGUUUGUGUGUGUGAUGAAUUACAUGUAACUUGUGAUCAGCCAGUACACAAUAGGUCAAAUAUUUAAGAGGCAUAAAAAUGUACAUAUGUGUAGAGUAUAAACAACUGAACUGUAUACUAACUGGACUAGAUGCUAUACCUGAUUUGCACUUUGAAGCAGCUGAUUUCGCCAUCUUGGAUCCCCAAAAUGCCACGCUGUAACAUACAAUGUACAUUGUUCUACAAUUGAUAUUUUUUUUUACUUAAAACAACAAUUCCCUAAUAAUCUGUUAUUCUUUGUAUGUUGGUACGAAAGCAUCAAAGUGCCGCAAGCAAUUUCAAAAAAUCUCAAUUUGUAUCUUGCCGUGGCAAUUUACUAUCUCACCGCAGGGACUUACCGGUACUAUCUCACUGUGACAAUUUGGUAUCAUGCUGUGCCGAGAUGUUAUCUCGCCGUGGCGAGAUGCUAUCUUGCUGCUGCAAGUAAAUGUUCCCGUAGUAACUUGCCGCAGCAAAAUAGUGUCUUGCCACGGCAUGAUACUAUCUCGCCGUUUUGUACACUUGAGCACAAUACCCGAUGUACACUUAAAAAACCUGCGUCAUGUGGUUGAUUCAAUAUGGCUGACGGUUGCUUCAUUGCACAGGCAUUGACAUCCAUUCCACUUUAAGACCAGUGGUGUAAACAGUUGACUUAAUACUGGAGUGAAGUUGUAAACUUUGAAAGUUUACUGAAAUUUGUGGAUGGAAAAAACAUUCAACAUAUAGCUGGAUGUAUAUUUAUUGCUUGUCGAGAUUAAUGCAAACUAGUGUAGGGCUAGUCCGAAAAUUUAGGACUCUCAAUACUGUGUAUGAGAGACCCAAAACUUAAGGUACAGUGCCAUAUGGAAGCAUGCAAUACAAACAAAUAGACUGGCACAUGUAUGAAACAACCAGUCCAACAACCCUUCAGUACUGCAUCACAUUUUUCCAUAGACGGUCAGCCGCGAAGAGGUCAGUCUUUUCAAAUGGUUGGAUCAUGGUUGGAAAUGUACCAGUCAGGUCUUUGGCCUCAAAAUGAUAUCUCUUGACUUCACUCUCGCGUGCAAAAACAUUUUUGUUUUUAAAGAAAAGUCUCCUUUAAAAAUUGAAUUUAGACUUCAAACUUGGUCAGUGAAAUACUGAGUCAUC